UUAUACUCAGUAUCCAAUCACAUUGCAGCACCCAGAAUCUUUGUACAGUACAGUAGAGAGCUGGUGUCCAGAUCAACAAGCCACUAUUUUGGAAGCUGUUUGACAAACAGUCACUCUUCUUCAGUUGAUGUCAGUCGCUAUCUGCGUUUCCAGCGAGACGUAUCGCGCGUUAAACCGGCGCAAAACUAACCAGCCAUAGCUCUGAACCGAUAAGGUUGGAUGACAUCGUCGGCUGAACUUUAAAACAGCUAGCUCUUUUAUAUAUAUAUAUAUAUAUAAUUUUCACAAGGCAAGUGUCUAGCAACUGUACAUGCUAACGUUCUUUUUUCACUGGCCGAAGCUUUUCCAAAUACAACCGAGAUAGCAAGAACUUUCCAUAUUUAAUUUGACAGCUUAACAUUGGCGCUAACGUUAGCCAGCCUUUUUUUCACCAAAUAGAGCAAUUCGGGGAUUAUUUUUGUAUGUCACACAGCCUUUCGUUUUGUUUUUGUCAACAAGCCGUCUUUUCUCGAAGAGCCAACUAUAAAGCUGACGAUAUUUAGCUGGCAUUUUGACUUAAAAGGGAACAAAGUAACCUUAGCUCCUGAAGAAGUGUUAUUAGUGUCAGCCCUUACUAGCCAGCUAACACCAUAUCCUUAAUUUAACAACCACAGAGGAAGUUUGGCUUUUCGAACUGACUGGUGCUGCAUUCAAGGCCUUUAACAGUGAAGGACCAACUCUGUAACGCGCUCUCUCUGGCUCUUUAAAAAUAAUAACUGACAGAACAGCGAGCUACCCAAGUGUGAAAAAGAAGCAGGACCCUGAAGCAGCCUGUGUACAGCCACGGAAUUCCUUUUAGGAUUGUUAAAUUAUCAGUGUUAUUGUUUAAAAUGGCGGCGAUCGGAAUGGUGCAGAUGUUGAUCGAAGCAGCCGAGUACCUUGAUCGCAGGGAACGAGAAGCUGAACAUGGCUAUGCCUCCAUGCCGCCAUUCAUCAGCAGCCGGGAGAGGGAAAGUUUGAAAAGGAAAAGCAAAAGCAAGAAAAACACAAGUAGCAGGUCUACACACAACGAAAUGGAAAAGAACAGACGGGCACAUCUACGACUGUGUUUGGAGCGCUUGAAAUCCCUCGUUCCCUUGGGACCAGAUGCUAAUAGGCACACCACCCUCAGCCUGCUGAUGAAGGCCAAAGAUCACAUCAAGAGGUUGGAGGAGGGCGAGAGGAAAGCUCAGCACACUUUGGAGCAGCUACAACGGGAGCGGAGACACCUGAGGAGGCGUCUAGAGCAGCUGGGAGUGGAGAGGACCCGCAUGGACAGCACCGGCUCCACUCAGUCCUCUGAUAAGUCCGACUCUGACCAGGAGGACCUGGAUGUGGACGUGGAGGGGACGGACUACCUGCUGGGUGACUUGGAGUGGAGCACCAGCAGCGUGAGCGACUCAGGGGACGAGCGAGGCAGCCUGCGCAGCAGCUGUAGCGAUGAGGGCUACUCCAGCGCCAGCCUGCAGCACGUGCAGGACACUCAGGAGAAGGCUAAGCAGCUGGGCUGCAGCCUAUAAACAGCACUCGUCACUGACCCAGCACCCACCUCUUUCCCUCAGCCCCCUCACCACUCCUUGGUCCCGCUCCGACCUCACCUCCCCUUCCUGCCCUUCUUCCUCCCUCUUUACCAGGACUGACCAAGUCUGAGGCCCCUCCUCCAGCUGGGCCUCCGCGGACUUCCUGUCUGCACACCGACUUCCAUUCAGACUGCAACACCUCCAAGACAUCCAGCCCAUCAUCAGCGGUCAGUCUUUAGGGUGUCCCCCGCUCUGCUCCGCACCGAUAAUACGAGCGGGACGUCAAAGACACUCCACCCCCCCCAACCACCCCUACCCCCAUCCGACAAAAAAAACACAAAAACAGAACACAACUUUCAGCCAGAGAAUGUUACCACACAAUGUCCCACUGCCUCUUUUUCUAUGCCUCAAGAGCCAUGGGAAGCACUUAUGAGAUUUCACCCAUACUUCACACACAUAACAUCAACUCGCACGUACACACACAUACACACACAGACCGCUCCAUCUCUCCCAAAGGUGUGAUGCUGACAUGGUGCGGGGCUUUUUUUGUUUAUUUUUUUGCUUUUGCGUCCCGCUCACCGGUCGACCGUAUGUGCAUGGUACUUUGCACUUAAAAUAGCUUUUUUUGUAAACAAAACUAUCACCUUUUUCAAACACUGUCCCUUAGCAAAGCCCCACCCAACCCUCCCGCUGCAGCAAUGCCAC